CUCGCUUGAUGCGCACGAUGGCAUUUCUGCUCGCCGCCUCCGCCACUGCGCUCGUGCUUUCGAAGCCUCCGCCAGGCGCUGCGAUCGUGCUUGGAGCUGCGCCACUUCGUGUGCCGGCCGGGCGCCCGGUGCAGAUGGGGCUGCUCGGCCGCGUCAAGAAGAUCUUCGCCCGGCCCGAAGCUGGUUCAACCACGGCCGUGGAUGUGACACCGGCCGCGUCUUCAGUCGCGGAUGAGAUUGCGAAACUCACAUCCGUCACCAAGGCUGGCGCCACACAGUACCCGACCGCGGCUGACAUUGAGGAGUACUGCCGCGACCCCGAGUCAUCUGGCUGCGACAUUGAGAUGAUCGAGAAGCUUAUGGCCGAGGCCGCCAAGCUCAAGGAGGCCCAGGCCAAGGAGACGGCGGGCUACAACCAGAUCCAGCUCAACUUCAUGAAGCCCAAGCCGCUUCGGUGGAGCCCCGACGAGCAGGCGGUGCCGUCGGCGGAGUGACCCCACACACGGUGGCAGGGGCACGUCAGAGUGCCCCGCUGCAUCUGCGUGACAGGGGCCACGCCCGGUGCCCCGUCGCGCCCUCCGCGGCGCAGCGGCAGGGCAGGUCUCGCCCCCCCCGGGCGUGUGGCGAUAGCCGCAAUGGCCGGCGGCUGUGCUCCGGCCUCUGGCUCUGCCGCUGUACGCGCGACUGUAUUUUUGUGGAGAGACCAGAGGUGGUGCGCAUGAAUUUGGAAGAAAGCAACAUUUCGUUACAACCCGCACGUGCCUCCUUUGUUUUGUUGUUGUUGCGACAGCGGAU